ACUCAGCCACCCACAACUACAACACCUACAGCAACCACGACGGAUGUCAUAUUUCCUCCACUUCCUCCGCCACCACCCAAGGAAGAGGUGUUGGUGAUACCACAAAAUUCUGGUCUACGAGCCGUUGCACCACCGGUCGAUUUUGAAGGUGGUUUCGGAAGUUCGUCACAUGGCUCGUCACCGGAUCUAUUCGGUUCUGGCAGUGGUGGUUCUGGCCUGAUUCCGAGCGGAUCCUCAGGAAAUGUUGAUGAAUCGAUGUUCACUGGUGAAUCUGCGCUCACGCCGAAUCGCAACGGACCGACCGGCGAUGGAUUCGGUCCACCGUUGUUCCCGGGUGCUGCUGUACCGCCACCAGUUCCGGCUAUAGGUCUUGGUGGAGAUGCGGCCGGAUUAUCACCGUACAGACUCGACCCUGAUCAUCUGAAGAAUCCACCGACAACGGUGAAGCCAUCAGCGUUACUGAGUAUGUUGAGCAAAGCUGACAUAGGUUUCAAUCAAGCGAUUAAUCAUUUUGAGCAAGGAACGCCACUCGAAUCAGCUGCUAUCGAUAUCCUCGAGGUAGCGCUAGGUAGUGAAAAAUUGGACAGUCAAGCGAAGUUGCUGGGACACGUAGAUCGUGCGAUUGGUAUUGAUAACUUGCAACGAUUACAACGAUGGGCCAAUACAGGCGGUGCUUUAGACGCAAUCAAAGAACAGGUAAAUUCAACAAAUGAAUCGAACAUUCAAUCCAUUCACUCAGCUGAUCUAACAAUUCGUUAA